UGCCCCACCAUGUGAGUGGGCGGAGAUGACUUAAACGGUGCAGGGCAUAUAAAAGGAGGGCGCGCGCACGUCGGGAGAGUUCCGUUCCAAAUGUGUGCAGGCGACUGACGGCCGCCUUGGAUCUUGGAUCCGUCUAGUCCGUUCCUCGUUGCGCACCAUGCACGACUCCGGCGGGGUGCAGCUGGCGCGAGCUCUGAGGCACGCCGCCCUCUUUCUGCUGCUGGUGCCUCGCUUUCUAGCCGCGGCCGUGACACUGUGGCUCCUGGACUUCUUGUGCAUUCGCCGCAAGGUGCUACUCCAGAUGGGCGCGCGGCCGCACAGCGCCGACGACCCGCCGUUGUGCGUGUCCGACUCCAACCGCAUGUUCACGCUGGAGUCGCUGCGAGCCGUGUGGUACGGCCAGAAGCUGGACCUGCUCAAGUCGGCGCGGCUGGGACGCGCGGCGCCCAACACGGAGGUGGUGCUGGUGCCCGAGCGGCGCCAGGUGCGCAUCCUGGACUGCGUGCGCGGCACUCGGCCGCUGGUGCUUAACUUCGGCAGCUGCUCCUGACCGCCCUUCAUGACGCGCCUGGCCGCCUUCCAGCGCGUCGUCAGCCAAUACGGCGACAUCGCCGAUUUCGUGGUGGUCUACAUUGAGGAGGCGCACCCGGCGGACGGCUGGGUGAGCUCGGACGCCCCCUACCAGAUCCUCAAACACCGCUGCCUAGAGGACCGGCUGAGCGCCGCGCGCCUGAUGCUGGCACGGGUGCCCGGCAGCAGCGUGGUGGUGGACAACAUGGACAACUCGUCCAAUGCCGCCUACGGAGCCUACUUCGAGAGACUCUACAUCGUGCGUGACCAAAGAGUGGUCUACCAGGGUGACCGGGGCCCAGAGGGCUACCGGAUCUCGGAGCUCAGGAAGUGGCUGGAACAGUACCGGAGGGACAUGAGUGCGUGUCCGGUGCUGCAAGCCUAACCCAGGAGCAAGCAGCCUUGUUUAUGUUCUUUUCUUUUUUUAAAACUUUUUCUUUGCCUGCACACACACAUACGGAGUUUUCGUAUACGUUUCGAUGUGUGUGAUUACUCCUUGAAAUCAGGGGUUCUCAAACAUUCUGGGUGCGGGGGACCCCCCCCAAUAAACUGCCAUGCGUAUCCCUCAAGGAACACCAUUACAACUGCUGCAAUUUUGAAAAGAUGAACCAACCCAUCACUUGGGCCAAUUCGACCCAACAAAGUACUAACUCCCUCCAAGCUACAGCUGGCAGACCCCAGUUUGAGAAGCAUAAAACGCCUAUUAUAGACCGGUUGGGUUCCAGGUGGCACGCUGGGUUGUCUGCGUGAAGUUCAGUUCUUCAACGGCCCAGCCACAGAACCGACACUGAUGUUUGUGACACCCCAGUGGGCAGGCGGGUGCGCGGCUGCCCCCGUGGACACCGGGGAUGACGAAGGUGCAAUAUGACGUGAUGUCACGCCAAUGUGUAAUUAACCUAUUUUUUGUAUAAAAUAAAUAAGUGACAAUAUCAU